GCCAGCUAGUAGGAGGAGUGAUCUCUAGUGAGUUGGGCCUGGGCAAGACCUGCUAAGGAGAGAGAGCACUGCAGUCAGCGUGGUCCAGUCUGUUGCUGACACCCGGGAAAAAGUUACUUUGAGUGCGAAAGAGCCACCGAAAAGAUGUCUGGAGACGACGAGCCACAAGAGCAGACCAUCGCCGAUGACUUGGUCGUCACCAAGUACAAGAUGGGGGCCGAGAUUGCCAAUCAGGCCCUGAAGACUGUGGUGGAGGCUGCCAAGGCAGGGGUGACUGUGGUCAGCCUCUGUGAGAAGGGAGAUGCUUUCAUCAUGGCAGAAACUGGAAAAGUCUUCAGGAAGGAGAAGGAUCUGAAGAAAGGCAUUGCGUUCCCAACCAGUGUAUCAGUCAACAACUGUGUGUGUCACUUCUCUCCCCUGAAGAGUGACCCUGAGAUCACACUGAAGGACCGGGACCUCGUCAAAAUUGAUCUGGGGGUGCACGUCGAUGGCUUCAUUUCAAACCUGGCUCACAGCUUUGUGGUGGGAGUGACCAAGGAUGCUCCCUUGACAGGGCGUAAGGCUGACGUUAUUAAAGCGGCACACCUAUGUGCCGAGGCUGCCCUCAGACUGGUCAAGCCUGGAAACCAGAACUCACAGGUCACAGAAGCCUGGAACAAGAUUGCCAAGUCAUUCAAAUGCUCAGCCAUAGAGGGCAUGCUUUCCCAUCAGUUGAAGCAGCAUGUUAUUGAUGGAGAGAAAACCAUCAUUCAGAACCCCACGGACCUGCAGAGGAAGGACCACGAGAAGGCAGAGUUUGAGGUACACGAGGUGUACGCUGUGGAUGUGCUCGUCAGCACCGGAGAAGGCAAGGCGAAGGAUGCAGGCCAGAGGACCACCAUUUACAAGCGGGACCCAGACAAGCAGUACGGGCUGAAAAUGAAGACAUCCAGAAGUUUCUUCAGUGAGGUGGAGAGACGCUUCGAUGCCAUGCCCUUCACUCUCAGGGCGUUUGAGGAUGAGGGCAAGGCCAGGCUGGGUGUGGUGGAGUGUGCCAAACAUGAACUGCUGCAGCCCUUCAACGUUCUGCACGAGAAAGAAGGUGAGUUUGUUGCCCAGUUCAAGUUCACUGUGCUGCUGAUGGCCAACGGACCCCUACGCAUCACCACAGGGCUGUAUGAGCCGGAGCUGUAUAAGUCUGAACACGAAGUGGAGGACGCAGAUCUCAAGGCCUUGCUCCAAAGCUCAGCGAGCCGGAAGACGCAGAAGAAGAAGAAAAAGAAGGCUUCAAAGACUGUGGAAACUGAAACGGCACCAGGACAGCCAGCGCCGGAGGUCAAAGAGACUGAAGCUGCAGAAUAAAACCUUGCACCCCCUGACCUAGUCUUCGUCUCCCAAUAAUACUGACAGACAUUUGACAACUGACCAACCCAAAGAACAGAACAGAUGUCAAGACCUUCCAUCAUGCGCUCCUGUCCUGAGACGCCAGCCUUGCAGUGCGGCCUAGCCUUUUGUGAUAAAUACCUCCAAAUGUGAACUGAUGUCAGACUGUACAGGGGAUGGUGCUGACCCUUCUAAAUUCAAAUUAUGUCACAUCCCAUUUCAAUCUCACUGUCCUUGAGACAGCAGGGUUCUCCCCAGAAUAGUAACCACUAAGUGACACCUAGAGGGAUAUUGAGUAGUAGAAGGGCAUUUUCCUGAGUAGACUCUGUGGGAGACACGUUUUUACCAUACAGUCGUUGAGCCUUGGGACUGUAAUGAAAGUCAACAGUGAAUAAUAAAAUAUAUGAAAGCAAAGCACGACAGUGGAGGGUAUGAUACGAUUACACUGCGCCAAUGAUUAUUCUGAAGGAAAACCUUUGCGGUCAUAACCAUGGAUGUCAGUGUGUGUAUUAGUGAAUUAAAUGUGUAUUAACUUGAACCCUCCAUUAAACCUACUUAAAGCUCUUCUAAACAUAUGAAAGACCUUAUAAACAGCCAUGCUAGCAAAUGACGGCUGACUACGUUGCGACUCGAAUCGUUAUGUACAGUAGAUAAGCAAAUUCCUUAGGGGCGUACCUAGCUAUCUUACCAACUGUUUGUAACAACUGCCUGAAGUCAGUUUCCAUGGAUAUGUCCCCUAACGGGACUACAUAUUACAUUGAUUUUUCGAACAGGGAAUCGGAUAAGGGGCUUGCUCUACGCACCACACACCAAACUUUUUUUUUUGUCAUUGUUAUGCCCAAUGAUGAAGGGUUCAAAUGUUCACAUUAUUAAAUGAUUUGUUAUCUAUACGACCGCCAUAAUUCAGUUCAUAAUACACUGGUACUGCCAAUUCGUCAAUGAAUUGAACCUAUAUUAGUCAGUGUUUACAUCCGUUUCCAUAGUUGUUUAAUACCUGAUACUUAAUUGUAAAAUAAAUCAUCCCAGUUUCAGGCUAUUUUUAGAUUCAUUUUUACUAGAAACAUUACCAAGGCGGCAUCAAAUAACACAACUCUAUUAUAUUGAGUUUGGGUAUGAGGCAACUGACCAAAGGACUAACUAACCAACUGCCGCACCACUAGUUCUUGUGGGGUUUUCGUUCUGAAUAGGAUAUUAGAGGGAGAGAUCAUCCCAUCAUUGUGGGAAUGUUUCUUACUAGGUUGAUUACUUUCUAAGUUUGUUCUCAUGAAAGAAAUGUAUCCUCUCUUGUAUUGUAAAUGUGUAUGGGAUAUAAUUCUUCAAAAGUCUUUAUUUAGGAAGUAAUAGAAGUCUUCCCAAUAAAAUUUGGUAUUUUGGAAGCCC